AUGUCCUCCAACAAAGCCCGCGUGCUGCUCAUCGGCAGUGGCGGAAUAGGCACGAUAGCUGCCCUUAACCUCGAAUCUGGAAAUCGCGCAGAGGUCACGUCAGUUUUGCGAUCGAACUACAACGUAGUCAGCCAAGAGGGCUUCUCCAUCAAGUCAAUCGACCACGGCACCUUGGAAAGCUGGCGCCCAACCCAAGGACUAACCACUCUCCAUGAAGUUCUCAAUGCCGUUCCGGAUGUCUCAAAGUUGAAUCCAGAUCAGCGAUUCGACUACAUAGUCUGCUGUACCAAAAACAUCCCCGAUGCCCCUCCCAACCUGCCUGAGCUGAUCGCUCCGGCGGUCUCUCCAAAACACACAGUCAUCGUGUUAAUCCAAAAUGGACUCAACAUCCAGCGCCCCUUUUUGGACCGCUUUCCGUCAAACAUCGUUCUGUCGGGAGUCAGUCGCAUCGACGCUCACGAAAUCGCCCCGGGCGUGAUCGAACAGAAACAGCACGACCUCUUGCACAUCGGGGCCUUUUCAAACCCCCGCCGGGGAGAAGCAGAACAGGAUGCAGCAGCGAGACGCUUCGUGGAGAUCUACAGCGCAGGAGGCAGGACAAAUUGUCUACACAAGCCGGACGUCAACUUUGACCGCUGGAGCAAGCUCGUCUACAACGCCUCAUUUAACCCGAUAUGCGCCCUGACGGGGCUGAACGCGAGCGAGCUGCAGCUAACGCCGCGUACGAUGGACACCAUGGUCGUUCCCGCCAUGAAGGAGGUUCUCAAAGUUGCGCGGACGAUAGGGCAUGCGCUUCCUGAGGAACUGAUUCAGAAGACGAUCCAGCUUAACCCCAUCGAUGAGAACAUUUCUCCGAGCAUGCAAGUUGACUUUGAAAAGGGAAACCUGAUCGAGCAUGAGAAUAUCCUCGGCGAAGUCGUCAGGGAAGCAGAGAAGUACUCGGUGGACACGCCGAUAUUGUCGGUCCUGUAUGAGCUGUGCUGUGCCCAUCAGUGGAGGUUCAAAAGAGCUCGGGGCCAGAUUUGA